CUUGCAGUGACAGUGAUACAGCUGUGUGCAGCGGUGGCCUCCCCUUGCACAGACACAGCCUGCUGCUGCUGCUGCUGCUGGAUGUGCGACUUCCUGCCUCACAGUACCCCUGGGAGCAAUAAGACUAAGCACUGCUCUAUUGUAACAAAUCGCUAUUGUGAAAAUGACUGAACGUUUUGACUGCCAUUACUGUAAGGAAUCUCUGUUUGGCAAAAAGUACCUUCUGAGAGAGGAGAAUCCAUACUGUGUGAAGUGUUAUGAGAACCUUUACUCUAACUCAUGUGAAGAAUGCAAGAAACCAAUAGGCUGUGAUGGCAAGGAUCUGUCCUACAAGGAUCGUCACUGGCAUGAGUCCUGCUUCCAUUGCUUUCAGUGCAAGCGCUCCCUGGUGGACAAACCUUUUGCUGCUAAAGAUGAACACCUGAUUUGUACUGAAUGUUACUCCAAUGAAUACUCUUCCAAGUGCAAUGAGUGCAAGAAGACCAUCAUGCCAGGAACCCGUAAGAUGGAGUACAAAGGAAACAGCUGGCAUGAAACCUGCUUUAUUUGCUCUCGAUGCCAACAGCCCAUUGGAACCAAAAGUUUCAUCCCCAAGGAAAACCAAAGUUUCUGUGUGCCUUGUUAUGAAAAACAAUUUGCCAUGCACUGUGCUCAGUGCAAGAAGGCAAUCACCACUGGAGGAGUAACCUACAAAGAUCAGCCGUGGCACAAGGAGUGCUUUAUUUGUACUGGGUGCAAGAAACCAUUGUCUGGACAGCGCUUCACCUCACGUGAUGAAUUUGCCUAUUGCCUGAAUUGUUUUUGCAACCUAUAUGCUAAGAAAUGUGCUGGCUGCACCAACCCUAUAAGCGGACUUGGAGGAACCAAAUAUAUCUCUUUUGAGGAGCGUCAGUGGCACAGUGACUGCUUUAACUGUAAGAAGUGUGCUAUUUCCUUGGUGGGCCGUGGCUUCCUUACGGAACGUGAUGAUGUUCUUUGUCCUGAGUGUGGGAAAGAUAUAUAAAGUUAUUGUCAGUCAACCAAACGUGUUUUAUCUUUGAAAUGUCAACAUGUCACUAUGACAUUUAAUGACACAAAAUGUUACCGUUUGAAAAGUCAUCAUAUUGUUGCCAGAAACAGCAUCACUCAAGUGGUUUAAUUACUUUUCUAACGAAAAGUCAACACUAGGGUGGAUUUCAGCCGAUAUGUCAUAUUAUAUUAUUUUCUUCUUGUAUCACAGCACCUCACUGCUUCCUUCUCCCAGCUGUAUACGAUGAUUACUUCUACAAAACUGCAUCAUUACAACAGUAAGCUACCCUAAAGACUCUUGCUGUGGUGGUGGCAUUUCAAAUGUGAUAUGAUUUUGUUGACUUUUCAAAAGAUACCACCAAAUGUUACCAGGUGUGGCAACACCUUUAUAUCGCUUGAGACUUACAUGCAUCUUUUUUUUGUUUGUUUUCUGUUUGUUUUGCUCCAUUAAACAAGUUUUCUUUAUUUGAUGCCUCUACAAGUUAACAAUUUAACCUCAGAUCACAGAAUAAAUUAAACUGUAUACUGAAAAAGAAGCAGAGAUAGAACAGUGUGGUUGAUUUAAUAAUAGUUUUUGAGUAAUUGCAAAACAUAUGACAAUACAGUGGACUAGACUCACUAGAAUAAGCUGCUAAACAGCAUUUGAAGGAUCUUACAACAACUGCCAUCUUAUAUCACCUCACUAGCUUUGGAGGUGAGGUAUUAACAGUGUCGUCUUCCUCUGGUCUCACCAACACCCUGAAAUGUUAAAACCAUGCUGGUUUAUUAAGAAGAGACCAACCACCCAGUGAUUUUCUAGCUUAAUAUCACAACAAAUCAGGUCAUUGAUGAUAUGGUUUUCUGGAAUAUACUUCCAAACACAAUUAACAGCACACCAUAAAGAUAUAUGCUGUAAAAUUAGUUUUAGACAAUAAACAAGAUCUUAGUUCUGUUGUCAGUCUUGGCAACAAGUCGAGUAGAUACCAGCAACACUGUAAGUUACUGGAAGCUACUUAGUGACACCACAGUUAAUAGCAACAUAUAUUUGGUUCUUUGGGAGCUUAAAACCUCUUUUCGCAAAAGUAUCUAAAUCCUAUUAAUGCUAUUUGAGUACUGUUAUUACCCAACUUUUUAACUGAAAAUCUGAGAGAAGAGAAAAAAGAAAAUGUUUUAAUGCCCUAUUAAAAUGUGAAGUUUUACACUGACAAGGGGUGAACCUAGACCUGAUGUUAAAUGUUUAUACCAGCGAGGGGGAGCAAAGAAAAAAGCUAGUAUUAAUGCUCUGUUGUAUACAAGUCAGAUGGAGAAAAGACUCAGCUGGUGUUAAUUAUUAUGGCAAAUAGAAGUGGAAAAUGCUCACCUCCUUUGCGUUGGGGUUCUGCAGCCCGAAGCAAAUAAAUACCCUUCUUUUCUAAAUUUGCAUGAGAACGUAAAAAUCUUGUAUUAAUAAAAUUGUUUGUGAUUUAAUUUCCUUCUUUUAAAAAAUAAAAUAAAAAAAUAUGAUCAGUAAAAACAUUUCUAACCACUUGUUAUCAUGUCAUCAUACUUUGUAGCCCAGACAUUAUGGUCAAUGAAACAGAGAACAUUUCCUUACUGAGCCAUAUACAUUAACACUUAAGAAACAUGAGCUACGAUACUUGACUAUUAAAAUAAAAAAGAGAGUAUUUGGACCUGCAGCCUUCACCAUGGGAGUCGACUGUUCUAUCUACCUAUUUUCAAUUCUUGGUACUUAUUUAACAGUUUUUUUAUUUUCAAAUUGCAUCACAUACCAAAUUAGAAAUGUUAUUCAAUUUUCACUCAGGUAAAAGGUGUUUAUAAACAAUCUAUUUAUGUAAACUACCUUGUAUCAUUUAUGUUUUAAUUAUAUAUAAAAAUCAGUUUUAACCACCAGGGCAGGAUUAAGAUCUAUGACAGAAUAUAUAGCUUUUGCAUAGGUCAGUAUUGUAAUUUUCAUUUUGCUCCAUUUUGUUUUUGAAUAGAGGUUUGCUAUUUUAUGCAAUAAAAUCAUAAGAAAACAAUAAGCUUAGCUACUAAAUUCAGUAAACUGAUGCAAUAUAUAAUGUGAUAGUCAGACAAUCAUGCUGGAUCCUGGGUUUGCAACACUGAAUUAAAAAAUUGAAAGUACUGUAGUUUAAAUUUUAUUUACAGUACUAUAUAUAUAGUACAAUAUAUAUUUGUUAAAAAAAAUCAGAUGACAAUGUUAUUAGAUAACAAAAAUGUUGUUUUUAAAAAAAAAAAAAAAAAAAAUGUCUAUAGAAAAUAUAAUCAUGGAAGCUCUCAUAUCAAAGAAGAAUUUUUUUUAUUGCAUGAUUUAGAAAAUUGUGGUAAGUGCAAAAUAUGAAAAUGGCACUGUGUCAGUAUUAUAUUAUAUGGAAUAUCAUUGCACUAUAUUGUAUGUAUUCAUAAAAUAGAAAAAAUAAUAAAAAAUAUUUUAACCUUGUA